UAUAUAGCUAGUGGUCCUUUCAUUUCAUGCAGGAAGGAAACAAAAUUUUAAGUAACAAAUUUGGUUAUAGAAAAAUGGCUACUCCAUCAACACUUUGCUGUGCUAUACUUCUCUUCCUAUUUCCAUUACAAUUCAUGGCAACAACAACCCCUUCUUGCCCCGGUGAUUGCGAGCCUAUUGAUGCCGAUGACAAUGAUCGAUUUCAUUUUGCUCAAAACUUAGAGUUCCUUGAAGCUGAGUUCUUCUUGCAUGGUGCACUUGGCAAAGGCCUCGACGCCUUUGAACCCGAACUUGCUAAAGGCGGACCACCUCCGAUCGGUGGCAGACGGGCCAAUCUUGACUACCUUACUCGUCGAAUCAUCGAGGAAUUCGGUUAUCAAGAAAUCGGUCAUAACAGGGAAAUUGUGAGAAGAACCGGUGGGAUUCCAAGGCCUUUGAUUGAUAUUAGCUCUCAAAACUUUGCAAAAUUAUUUGAUAAAGCAGCAGGGUACAAUUUGGAUCCUCCAUUUGAUCCUUAUGAAGAUCCCAUCAAGUAUAUGCUAGCAGUAUAUGCUAUCCCCUAUGUGGGACUCAAUGGCUAUGUUGGUACAACCCCUUGCCUCAAAAGAUUCUCUUCAAAACAGUUGGUUGCAGGGUUGUUGGGAGUGGAAGCUGGACAAGAUGCAGUUACAAGAGAAUGGUUAUAUAAGAAAGGUGAUGAAAAAGUGGAACCGUACGACAUAACAGUGGUUGAAUUCACAAACAUGAUCUCGGGGCUAAGGAACGAGCUAGGCAAGUGUGGUAUCAAGGAUGAAGGCCUAAUAGUACCCAAGGAGCUCGGUGCCGAGAAUCGAACCACCAGCAACGUGCUGUCGGCAGACCCGAAUUCGCUCUCUUACCCGAGAACACCGCAAGAAAUUCUAAGGAUUGUGUACAGUACCGGUAACGAGCAUAGGCCAGGUGGGUUCUUUCCUAAAGGUGCCAAUGGGAGAAUUGCUAGAGAAUACCUCUAUAAUGAUCAACUCAGAGGACUGUGAAUUGAUUUAUUUAAAAACUCUAAGAUUAUGUUUUAAUAUAAUUUAAGACGAAUGCUUUGUUUAUAAUUGAUUUGAAUAAUAAUCUCCAAGGAGACUUAAUGUAUUGCUUGCAUGAAA